GGCCAGGGAGAUGACUGGGAUCCAUCGGGGGACAGGGAAGGGGCCGAGGGUGGCCUCAAGUGUGCGUGAGGGGCAGGCAGGCUGCAGUCCAAGCCUUUGAUUCCCAAGCUCUGUGAACGGUCCCCCUACCCCUGCCACAUGGCCUAGCCACCCAUACCUGGGGUUAGGGGACAGGCCAGCCUCAUUCUCUCCUCCAAACGGAGGCAAUCCAUUCGCUUUACCCUUUUGCCUUUGCAGAGACCUUGAUCCUCACGCAAGGCAAGCAGCAGUCCCUGUGAGCUCAAGAGACAGCCCCAAGUGCCAGUAGGAAGGAGGUCCCCUCCCACAUGGGGCUGCCUGAGCCCGGCCCCUCCCACCUUCCCCAGGGCCGCUGGGCUCUGCAGGCAGUCAGAAGUGGGAGCCUUAGCCCAGCGCGGGACUGAAGAGGUUAAUGUGCAUCUGCCUCCGAAUGUUAAUGUGUCUAGGUGAUGUCAGUGGAGCCGGGAAGGAGGGAGUAGGGAGGGCAGUUGGGCUUGGAGGCGGCAGAGGUUCCCAGGCUGCUGGGGAAGACCCCCUUCCCGACUGCGGGACUGCGGGGCUCGUGGCUCGUGCUCCGUGCUCUGGGACAAGGCGGGUGCUGGAGGCUGCCGCAGCCUGCGUGGGUGGCCUGGAGCUCAACUCAGGGGAGCAGGCGACCAGCACCAGCUGGAUGGACCUGGACGCCUCGCUGCUGCCCACUGGCCCCAAUGCCAGCAACACCUCUGAUGGCCCGGAUAACCUCACCUUGGCGGGGUCGCCUCCUCGCAGAGGGAGUGUCUCCUACAUCAACAUCAUCAUGCCUUCGGUGUUCGGCACCAUCUGCCUUCUGGGCAUCAUCGGGAACUCCACGGUCAUCUUCGCGGUCGUGAAGAAGUCCAAGCUGCACUGGUGCAGCAACGUCCCCGACAUCUUCAUCAUCAACCUCUCGGUGGUGGACCUCCUCUUUCUCCUGGGCAUGCCCUUCAUGAUCCACCAGCUCAUGGGCAAUGGUGUCUGGCACUUUGGGGAGACCAUGUGCACCCUCAUCACCGCCAUGGACGCCAACAGUCAGUUCACCAGCACCUACAUCCUCACCGCCAUGGCCAUCGACCGCUACCUGGCCACAGUCCACCCCAUCUCCUCCACCAAGUUCCGGAAGCCCUCUAUGGCCACCCUGGUGAUCUGCCUCCUGUGGGCCCUCUCCUUCAUCAGCAUCACUCCCGUGUGGCUCUAUGCCAGGCUCAUCCCCUUCCCGGGGGGAACGGUGGGCUGCGGCAUCCGCCUGCCCAACCCGGAGACUGACCUCUACUGGUUCACCUUGUACCAGUUUUUCCUGGCCUUUGCCCUGCCCUUCGUGGUCAUCACGGCCGCGUACGUGAGGAUCCUGCAGCGCAUGACGUCCUCGGUGGCCCCUGCCUCCCAACGCAGCAUCCGGCUGCGGACAAAGAAGGUGACCCGCACAGCCAUCGCCAUCUGCCUGGUCUUCUUCGUGUGCUGGGCGCCCUACUACGUGCUACAGCUGACCCAGCUGUCCAUCAGCCGCCCAACCCUCACCUUCGUCUACCUGUACAAUGCGGCCAUCAGCCUGGGCUAUGCCAACAGCUGCCUCAACCCCUUUGUGUAUAUCGUGCUCUGCGAGACGUUCCGCAAACGCUUGGUCCUGUCAGUGAAGCCCGCGGCCCAGGGGCAGCUUUGCACCGUCAGCAACGCUCAGACAGCUGAGGAGAGGACAGAAAGCAAAGGCACCUGAUGCUUCCCCUGCCACCCUGGACACCUCGAAGUCAGGACACUGCAGCAAACCACAGGGAGAGAUGCCGAGAAAAACCCACGACUGCUCUGGAGGGAUGCGGUAGUGAGGGGUUGUUGCAACCAAAUACAUCCAUUUCAUGGGGCUCAUGAAUUGCUGGGGAGGCUUGGAGCCAGGUGUGGGGGCUUCAGACUUCAGAAAUCCCCUUGGGGAAGCAGGCCUUUGGUGGGAACAGAAACUGAGUAAAAAGAAAAUUUUGACUUGAAUGUUCAGUGGAGCCCUGUAACUGUUAGCUCCCAAAUGUCUUUUUCCCAAAGGAAGAGAUGGAAGGCUCCUGGCUGGGCUUGUUGAAAUCAGGCAGGGCACGUUGCACAGGGCCUGGGGAGAUGGGAAAGUGGCAAGGCUCCGUCCCGUCUCAUUGGGAUGACAGAAGGCAGGCUUUCUCCCAAGCCGAAGGAUGAUGAAAAAUGAAGCAUGCCGUCUCUCUGUGUUCCAGCAUCAUGUGUGGCUUUCCCUUCCUCUCUAGGGGAGGGGACGCAUGUUUAUGUUGGCGGGUAGGGCUCUAAGCCCCCAGGAGUAAAAGCCCAAUUUGCUUAGGAGAUUCACUUACUGAGAAUGACAAGGCGACCUUGGGCGGGUGUGGGUGUGGGUCUUGAAACUGAUAAAAAUGGGGGGAGGGGGUUGCAGGGACAUUCUCUCCAUGGGGCACAUUCCCUCGUCAGUCACUAGUCCAGAGUGCAUCCGCGUGUUCUGCAUGUGCAGGGUCAUUUCAGUGCCUGGGGAGUUGGCAUCAUCUUUUUGCUCUAGUCCUUUCUCUCCAAAAUAAAAAUGAAUAAAGGAAAAUCUCUACCCACAUCACUAUGGAUGUUUCUGCAUAAUUGCUGGGGCUUCGGUUGGGAGUGGGUAGCAGGAAAGGAAAGGAGGGGUCACUUGUCUAUGGAAGUGAGAACUUGGUUCAGGCUCCAUGUUUACGGGGCAUGAAGCUGGGGAUCUAUUUUUCUAAACCUGCAGGGAGGAUUCAGUGACAUAAAUGGAAUUGCUAGAAGUUCAUUAGAUUGCAGUUCUGCUGCUGGGCUUGUUCUCAGGACUCAGCUUCCUGUCUUCUGCACAAAAGUUCCUGAAAUCUGUUGUCAAAAGCGCUGGGCCCCCCAGGUCUCCCAGUCCUACCCUAACCUCCCCCGCUGA